AUCUUUGAUCUUCUCAUUUCCAUAGACAACAAAAUACUGAUAGUGGUUCAGAUACAAUUCAAUCCAUAACCAGCGAGCUGGAACAUUUUGCAUAUUUGCCUAUUCUCCUCCAUUAUACCCUCAACACAAGGACUAGUUUAAUUUACAAUUUCUUAAAAAGUUUAAUAAUAUAUAUAGAUAGAUACAGUUGAGAAAUUAUGUUUGUAAUAAUGUUACUUUUUUGUUGAUGGAUGGGAGCAUGGUUAAGGUGCUACUGCGAUAGGAUUUAUUGGAAGAGGAGAGCAAAGCAACGGAAAAUGCAAUCGUUAUCGUUAAGUACGAGGAGUUUUGUGGAUUUGAGGUUGCUAAGUCCGGAGGUGAGGGUGAGGAGUUGGAGGAGGAGGAGUGGGAUCGUAGCGUGUGCUUCGGAGGGAGAGAGUGGGAGCGUGAGUAAAACCUCAAGCACGAGCUCGUUUCUCUCUCGGACCCAAACCUACGCACUCUUGAAGCAGCAAAUGGAGGUAGCUGCCAAAUCCGAGGAUUACAAGGAAGCAGCUAGAAUUCGAGACUCGCUAAAGUUAUUUGAAGAAGAGGAGCCUGUUUUGCGUCUAAGGAGACUAAUGAACGAAGCAAUUGCUGACGAGAGGUUCCAGGAUGCAGCUAGUUAUCGUGAUGAGCUGAAAAAAAUUGCCCCACACUCUCUUUUAAAAUGUUCCAGUGACGCUACAACAUUGGGAAUCAGGGUUCAAGUUAGGAGUGUAUAUAUAGAGGGCAGAAGUCAGCCUUCAAGGGGCUUAUACUUUUUUGCAUACAGAAUAAGAAUUACCAAUAACUCAGACCGGCCUGUUCAACUUCUUAGAAGGCAUUGGAUUGUAACUGACGCUAAUGGGAGAACGGAAAAUGUCUGGGGGAUUGGGGUUGUUGGUGAACAGCCAGCAAUUCCUCCCAGGACUAGUUUUGAAUACUCUUCAGCAUGUCCAUUAAGCACACCAAACGGUAGAAUGGAAGGUGACUUUGAGAUGAUACAUGUUGAUAGAGCAGGCUCAAGAUCAUUCAACGUGGCCAUUGCCCCGUUUUCUCUCUCUCUACUUGGAGACGAAGACAAUCAUACCAUUUGAGAUCGAACAGUAGCUCACAUUUUCAGAUCGUGUCGGAUUAGCAUCUGGAAUAUGUAAAGGAUUAUCAUUCUCACAGCCAUUCAGAGCAACUUAAAAACAGUCUUCUUUGCAUUAUUAAGUGUAAAAUAUCCCAUUGUUGGGAAUAUAUAAAUGAUCAGCGUACAUAUGUAUUUUAUUGAAUUGAUGUGUAGAAAACUCAAGAAAGAAAUCAAUAUUUAGAUAUAUGGAUUAUAGAGCUCAAAUUGUGU